AUGUCGGUGCCCACAGCGACCGCCGGAGCGUUGGGUUUCUCCGGAGUGACGGUGAUCAUCUGCAUGAUCUCCAUGCUGAACAUUUAUCGCGAGGUGCAGAGCGUCUGGGCCGACCUGGACGUGCAAAUGGACCAGUUCAAGGUGCACACCGAGGACCUGUGGCAGGAGAUGCUGCAAAUGGGCGCUGCGACCCCGUCCAAUCGCGCUCGGCGACAGGCCUACGGUGGGUAUGGGGCGUCGGGCCAGAAUGUGGGCCCAGCUGCUGGAAAUGGUGGACGGGCUGGCGGAUAUGGCGCAGUCAACGCAGCUCCACACAUCGCUUGCAGUGAGUUUUUGAGCGAAAUUUUGAUACCUCUUGCUGUGUGAUGCCAGCAGCUUUGUCUUUUUUCUUUGAAUUUACCCUUGAAUUGGCUGACAACUCGCUAAACAUCAAUUUGUUCCAGAGUGUCAAGAAGGCGACGAGAACAAGUGCCCUCCCGGUCCAGCCGGACCUCCUGGCGAGCCCGGAUUCGACGGAAUCCCCGGUCUUCCCGGUAAACCGGGGAUUCCCGGCGAAACCGCCGAGGACGUCAGCAACGAACCCCCGAAGGGCUGCUUCCAUUGCCCCCAUGGUCCACAAGGAGCGCCCGGAAGUGCGGGCCGCCCCGGACCGCGAGGAAUGCGUGGACCGAAAGGAACUCCCGGUUUCCCCGGACGUGACGGUGUCCCCGGCACUCCCGGCGAUCAAGGACCAGAGGGAGCGCCCGGCGACGACGGACGGGCCGGCCCGCAAGGAGAGAAGGGCGAAGAUGCCGAGAAGCCGAUUCCACGCCGCGGUCAACAUGGUCUGCCCGGACCACAAGGUCCGGAAGGCCCAGAAGGAGACAAGGGAGCGGAUGGAGCGCCGGGAGCCGCAGGACCCAAAGGAGAACCUGGCCCACCCGGCCCAGUCGGCGCGGGCGGCGCUCCUGGAGACGAGGGAGGAAAAGGACCGGAAGGAGCGCCAGGAAAGGACGCUGAAUAUUGCCCUUGCCCACCAAGAGACAGCGCCAAGAGUGGCGCACAUGGAGCCGGGGGGUACGGCGAGGAGAAGAGCGGCGGAUCCGUGGGAUAUCGCAGAAGAAUCAGAGUCCAAUAG